AAGCAAGUUGGGUCAAAUAUUCUUAAAGAUAUGUCUGGAAAUUCUCAAAUUGAAAUCAUACGAACAACGUUGUGAUAAAUUCGGAAUAAAUAAAAAUCUAAAUGAAAAUAAAUCAUGAUGUUCUUUUGCCAUAUUGCUCACCCCUAUCUACAUUUUCUGCAAUUUGUUCCUGGAUAUAAAGUGGCAAAAUCACAGAGUGUCAGUAGCUGAGGCGGUGAAAGUCAGGGCUUUCCAGCUCUUUAAUUUGUCACACAUGGAUGUGCUGCAUGCAGAGGUAUAAAAUCACAGGUAAAGAGACUGUACCAUUGAUACCGCCCACACAGAUCUACACAGCUACUGUAGAUCAGCAAAACGCAAACCACUCAAGGAUCCACAGCUCAGCAGCUGGACUCUCCACGCCUCAAACUCACACAGAUAAUGUGGUAUUUUGGCCACUUUUUGCAACACUUUAUUGUGUCUCUUCUGAGACGUGUCACCCUCUUGCUUCAUGAAUGCAGUGACAAAUAAUGUAAUCGCUUUUCAUUUGAUGCAACCUGACCUCUGAUGGUGUUUUGCUUUGACUCUAGGACUUCAGGUCAUGACCAAGUCAGUCGUUCUCCUUUCAGGUUUAUAACCUUCUUCAGCCUCUUUCCGUAACUGACUCAUACGCCAACAUAUAUGUGACUUCUUUUUUUCUAUGUGAUCAGCCAACUAUUGUACAGUUACUUGUGGACAUGCCCUUUCUGAUGUGUGAACUCACUGACAACGGUAAUAUAUUCUUGGGGAGUCCUCAACUGGUUUGACUUGAGAGGCAGUAAGGUGGACAUAAUAAAUGACUGGACCUCUGGCAAAUCUAGUGGCUAGCCAUCGAUUGUUAGUGCAGUAAUCCACACAUCUUUUCAAUGACAUCUUUCUUGGUCCUCCAUUAUAGGCUGCCUUGAAAGGCAGAGUCCUUCAGGUUGACUUCAGGUUGACAAAAACAUGUAAAAAUUCUGGGAGGUUUUUCUUUCCUAUGCUGUUAAAACGCUGGGUAUAACUCAGGAACUUUUAAUAACAAAUGCACACGGUCAAAAGUGACUUGGUUCAGUGCUGCUGUCAAGACCUAUUUAUGUUCAAUGUUGUGCUGAUCCAGAUAUGGACAGAGCCUUCUGUCCGUGCUCUGCAUUCAUUUCUGCGCGUUUCCACAAAGCUUACGGACCAAAGGGAGCAGUACCACUGGAAACCAUGGGGGGCAGUGUUGCUCUUACUACCCGAUACGCAGUUCAAAUGACACAUGAAGAAGACAUAACAAUGGUGCAAAUUCUCCGUCCUAGUGGUCCAGGUGGAUAUAUUGGAGAACAGCAAUACCAACAUGAAGAAGGCAUGAAAGCAUGUGAGCAGUGACGGUAACAUUGUUGGAAAUGGACUGGUUCAAUGUUUAAGGUCACAGAUGGCGGGACAAUCAAGCAAAAAAUAUUUACCUACGAUGCCAUGUUUAAUACCAAUUACUCACACAUGGAGGAUUAUCGCAGACGUGAGGAUCUCGUAUACCAGUCAACCGUCAGGCUCCCAGAGGUUCGGAUUUCAGACAACGGGCCGUAUGAAUGCCAUGUGGGGAUCUAUGACCGGGCAACAAGAGAGAAAGUGGUCCUGGCUUCAGGGAAUGUCUAUCUUACGGUCAUGUCGCCUCCGAACAACAUAUCCGUAGUGGCGGAAAACACUCCGGCUCCAUUCAGCCGAUACCAAGCUCAGAAUUUCACCCUUCUCUGCACUGCGAAAGGAGGAAAACCAGCCCCAUCGGUCUAUUUCAAGCGUGACGGAGAGCUCAUCGAGGUGAUUUCUUACACCCUACCCUCCACCAGUGAGCAAGGUGGAGGCUCUGCCGGAGUGAGGGGAGCCCGGCCACUCAUCAGCCGGGACCUGGACGACACCAAGCUGCAGCGCUCCCUCUCCCUGCUUGACCCUGAAGGACGUUCGUCGCGUCUCUACACAGAGCCUCCGAAGCGUAGCCACACUCAGGGCCAGCAACCUUCUGAGCCAAGUCCCGCCACAGAGGUCAUCCCGGAGACGGUGGUCAGCCGGGAGUUCCCUCGCUGGGUGCACAGCACAGACCCACUCUACUACUUUAGCCACACUCAAUUCCCUCAAAGUGACGGAUCUGUGGUGGUGCAGGCCCGACUCACUUGGACCCUCAACCCCCAGCUGGAUAAUGAUGCCUUGUUUAGCUGUGAGGUCAAACACCCGGCGUUGUCCAUGCCCAUGCAGACUGAGGUCACUCUUGCGGCUCCCAAGGGUCCUAAACUCAUGAUGUCCCCAUCUCGGGCAAAGGUAGGGGACACUGUGCGCAUCACAGUGCAAGGAUUCCAGGUAGGAUCUCCUGGGAACGAGGUGUUUCCUGAGCCUCUCUUCACCUGGACGCGAGUCGGCGGUCGCCUGCUGGACGGCAGCACAGAGCGGGAGGGGAAGGAGCUGAUCCUAGAGCGGGUUCCAGCUGAGCUCAACGGCUCCAUGUACCGCUGCACAGCCCAGAAUCCGCUGGGUUCUACAGACACACACACUCGCCUCAUAGUCUUUGAAAACCCGAGCAUGAUGAAAAACACACAGAAUCCAAACAACGGCGCCGCAAACAUGCACAUGCUGGGACUAACGUGGCUGACACUCGUCCUCACACUGACGGCGGAGCUGACGUGAAACCUCGAAUCCAGGACAUUGUUAUUCCCACAGACCUGCUGCCUGACAUCCAAUAGACGCGGACUCACACAUUGAUAUCUUGAUCCUUACAAGCCUUCUCUGGGGCAUUGACAGAACAUCCAUGUCAUCGGGACACUGAGUUACCGAAGGGAGCGGUAUUUGCUACCAUGACAAUAACCUGAAAAAAAAAAAAAAAACGGGAAAAAAUAAAAAAAGAUGACAAUGCCUCCUGCUGUACAGCCCCCUCCCAGUUACACCUAAUUUUUCUGUGUCUCUGUUGUCCCACAUUUGCCUGUUGAUCAAUAAAAAUAGUUGAUUUUAAACAGUAAAAAAAAAAAACAUUUUGGAUUUUUCUUUUGAGGACGGAGGAAUUCAAAGAAGGAACUGACCACUCCUCAAACGUUAUGGGAAUGACUGGCACAGACUUUCAAGCUCCCAGAGAACCUUUUUUUUUUUUUUUUCCAUAUUGAUUUCUUUUCCUUUUAAUGGCUUGGAAUGUACAAGAGAAUUAUUUUAGUCCGUCAAGUAACUAGACAAGAAAAAUGAUCCUUUUUUUGUGUAUUUUGUGUACAUCUCUGUAAAUACUGAAAAUAAUUAAAGAGGUUAUAUGGGCGAGGGAAGAAGGUGGUGGAGUUUCAGGUUCACUUUUGUUUCAUGCAACACUUGUCCCAACUAUGACUACGAAUCAUCCUUAUCUUUUAUUUUUUAUUUUGCUUUAUUUGGCAUCUGUCUUUUUAUAUUCCCAUGGCAGAAUAAUGUCAACAUGUGUCUGCUUGGUUUUUAGGGUUGUGGUGCAUGUGACAUUAAAAGUCCACCCCCUGCAACCUCCCCUUAUUUGAGCUGACUGCACAGCACCUCACAUCUAACAGACUGAUGUCUUCAUGUGACAUUCUGUCUCACUGAUCUCCAUCCUAUACAACCCUGUGGCCAGGACUGACGCUGUUCUUGUAGGAUCAUUGGAGCCACCAUUCCUGGGAGGAGCUCACCUGAAGUGUGCGCGUGUGUGUGUGUGUGUGUGCGUGUGCGUGUGUAGACAGGGUUGUUGUAUUUGUUUCAUCUCACCUGUAUUAAAAUGGAUCGAUGAUUAAACAUAUGUCUUGACUUUAAUUGUAUCCCGAUACAGUUAAAAGAAAAACAGUUCUCACCAGCGCCCUUGAUGUAACUAUUCCAAACAUUUAUCUACUUUUCUUUAAUAUUGUUUAGAAAAAUUUUCGAAACAAUUUCACGAUAAAAACUGACAUAGUUGCUAUUGCUCAUCAAAGUUAAAAAAUCUAAAUCUGUCUUUCCUCUGUUACAUUUUAAAUUGGCACCAAGGGCGCCUCCUCCUCACAAGGAUAUUCUCUGUGUUUGAAGAUAUGACUUUUUUUAUGGCUAUAUUUAUUGUAGUUUUCUUUGAUGUUUUGGUUUUGGAAUUUUUAUGGAAACGUUGGUGGGUUGAAUUUCAGUUUCCAGACACAUUUUCUGCCUGUGGUUUUUCCGUCAGUACCAGAGAAAAUCAUUGAAAAUGUGUGUAAUGCUUAGAAAUUGUUUAUUUUGUUCAAUCAUAAAUGUGCAGUUAAAGCUUCCCAGAUCAGAGAUGGCUUUUUGAUACCUCAAUAUAUGGCAGUUUCUGUGGUGAAAUAGAGGGGGAUGCUCUUAUUUUUAGCAAUUUCGUUUCACUUUUUUUGUGUUUUUUUAAACCUAAAAAAUGAAUAGAGAUAU